AUGGCAUUCGCCGCAAUAAAUUCAUCGGCUACGAAAAAGAUUCCGGCCAUUGAAGAUGGCUUCGCCGCCGAACCUUCUUUGAAGAAACGAGUCUACGAUGCGAUCGGGACUACCCCGCAAUAUAUACCUCUCUUCGAGGACAUUGCCAAAUAUACCUCCAACCUGCUGGUCAGGAAUGCGAGCACCCCCGUUCAGCCUGUAGCGACGCCUACAGACGGUCCUACGGCGAAGAAACGAAAGCUACAGAAUGGAGAUGCUGCAGGGCAGGCGCAAUCGCCAGGUGAUUUGAAAGCCAACGCGCCCUUACAAUUCUAUAUGCAGGAUGUUUCCUUCGCUGUUCCGCAACGGAAAAAGCUUACACUCGAAAUUACGGCCGGGCGCGGUUUUCUUCGCGCAAGGAAUCAGACCUCGAAGGCAGUGGAGUUUGGCAUCCACGUGGACAGAAUACAGCAUGUCCUUUGCCUUCCUGUCCCGGAAAAGAACCAGAAGCAGUUCAAUUUCUGCAUUAUUCCCCAAUAUAGCGAUGGUAUAAACCCACCACCGGAGGGCGAAACUGCCCCCGAGGCGAUGGUGUGGACGGUCAACGACGGUCCUCCCAAGGCUGCAUUCUCGGGGAAUGGACAACAGAUUGGAACCAACGAUGGAGAAACAGCUGAGAAUAUUGUUAGGCAAAUGCUGAAUGAGAACGUACUACAUACAAAGGUGGUGCGCCCAGAUGAGAGGGAAUUUGUCAGUGCCAUGCCUGAGGCGCAUCGGAAGGGAGAGAAAGCCUACCAUGUCAAGGCCUUCCGUGGCAGUAAGGAAGGAUAUCUCUUCUUUUUGUCCACAGGCGUAUUGUUUGGAUUCAAGAAACCCCUAGUCUUUUUUGCUUUCGAGAACAUCGACUCAAUCUCAUACACCUCUGUUCUCCAGCGAACUUUCAACCUGAACAUUGUGGCUCGGCCUACUUCGAGUGAUGAAACGCAGGAGCUGGAGUUUUCUAUGAUCGAUCAGGCAGACUUUGCCGGUAUCGAUGCUUACAUCAAGAAACACAGUCUACAAGAUGCUAGUCUGGCAGAAGCCCGACGUGCGAAGAGAUAUAAUAUUAACGGAGCGAAGACUGGGGAGGAAGGCGCAAUGGAUACGGACGGCCCCGUCGAGGAAGAAAGCGAGUUGCAGAAGGCGCAACGCGAGCUGGAUGACGAGGAAGAUGAAGAUGAAGAGGACUAUGAUCCCGGCAGCGAUGACAGUAAUGAUGGCAGUGGCUCCAGCAGCGAGGAAGACUCCGAUGAGGAUGAAGAAGAUGAAGAGGAAGGGCGAGACCUUCUCGCAGAUGAGCUUGGAAGCGAGGCGGGGGAUGUUCCUGCUGAACAGCUGUGA